UCUUAUCUCAGAAGCUCAAGCUUGUUUUUCUCUCUUUUUCUUCCAUUCUCCCUGAAAAGUCCGUCGCCGCUCGCUGGUUGAAGAGAAGACGCUGUCCACAAAAAGAAAGAAAAUUUUGAUUCUAGUUUGAUUUAUCAAAGGGUUUUCUUUGUCCUGGAUUUUUCAGGUGUUUCUUUCUUUUUUGCUUAAAGAUGUCUUCUUUGACAACAAGUACUUUUGCUAGCCCUAUCACAACUCUCUCAUCACCUAUUCAUUAUCAAGGACAACCCAACUGUUAUCUUCCUUUGGGGGGGCUUAGACCACUCCCAACUCAGUUCCAGACCUCCUUGCAAUUUAAAAAACAGCCCAUCAGACAUGUUACUCGGUUGAAAUCAGCUUCUGUGAUAUGCGCAUCUGCUGCAUUGAAUGCAAGAUGUGCAGCCGAGCAGACACAAACAGUUACUCGCGAGUCAUCAACUAUCACCGUUGCUCCUAUUCAAGGUAAGGAAAAGUCACCAGAUCUAGAUGAUGGUGGUGAUGGAUUUCCACCUCGUGAUGAUGGUGAUGGAGGAGGUGGCGGUGGAGGAGGAGGUGGUGGCUGGAAGGGCGGGUUUUUCUUUUUUGGGUUCCUUGCCUUUCUUGGACUGUUGAAGGAUAAAGAAAGUGAAGGAGAUUAUGGAGAUUCUAGGAGUAGGAGAAGAAGAUGAAAAAAAAGGUCUUUCUUCUGAACAAAGCUGUUGGGGAUUUUCUUAUUUUGCAUAAAUUUUGUGAGUUAAUCUAAUACUUCCCAUUUUUAGUUCAAGAGAAGAUGUUUUCCUUAUCUGUGAGUCAGAUCAUAUUUUUUUUCUUAUGAUUUAUGAAUGUAAUAUGACAUCAACAUCAGUUUCAUCGCAAAAGUUGUUGUAAUGCCAAGAUCUUCCAGAUCAGAUUUGUACCAA